AUGCAAACAAUAUCAAAUGGGAAAAUUCGCGUAGAGUUUGAAAACUACAAGCAAUGCGAGGAAGCCAUUACCAAAACUAAUCAGGUAGAAGGGUUACAAGCCGAAGAGUCCAAAAAUAGAAGUCCUCUCAUUAUUCUUAAAGGAAUUACAAAAGAAACGGCAAAAGAAGAACUAAUUGAAAUUAUUUCCUACCAAAAUUCGAUCCCUGAGGACGCAUUACGUCUUUGUUUCCUUACUUCAAAUAAGAAUAACGCUUUAUACAAUGCAGUUUUGGAAGUGACACCUAAAUACUACACAACUAUUACCACAUACGGACGAGUAGCCAUUAAUCAUCAACGAGUGUUUGUCGGGCCUUUCUCGAGAUUUGUUCAAUGCCAUCUGUGUUUACAAUUUGGACAUACAAAAACGAAAUGUGCCAUAACAAUUCACCCAUGCGCGUUUUGUGCCUCAGAAGACCACAAUAUUAUGGACUGCCCAAACAGAACCUCUGACGAAAAACGAAAGUGCUACAACUGCCACAAACAUAAUUUGAAGACCAACGCCAAUGCCGACAUUAGACAUAAUGCAACAAAUGUAAAACUGUGCCCUAGAAUCAUCUCUAUUAAAAAGAAAUUAGAGGAAUCUACUGAUUAUGGACUUACAAACUAA